AUGGCAGGCAAUAGCAAACAGGUCUCGAGCGAGAAGGUCCAAGGCGUGCAAGAACUUACCCCCGGCUCGGACUCAGAUGCACCUGUUGUAGCUGUCCUGCAAGAAACGCCCAAGAGGAGCUGGAAGUCGUACAUAUGGGAUACGUUUGACAAGUCGCCUGAGGAGCGCAGGUUUCUGUUUAAACUUGAUGCUGCUCUUAUGACUCUGGCGUCGUUGGGAUAUUUCAUCAAGUACUUGGAUCAGGUCAACAUCAACAAUGCUUUCGUGUCAGGCAUGAAAGAGGAUAUGAAUCUAUUCGGCAAUGAGUUGAAUUAUAUGCAGACAUGCUGGACCGUUGGAUAUGUCAUUGGCGAAAUCCCAAGCAACAUGUUGUUAACACGCAUCCGACCGAGUAUAUGGAUUCCCGCCUGUGAAGUAACCUGGUCCGUCUUAACAAUCCUCCUCACAAAAUGCACAAACGCCACUCAGCUUUACGUCCUUCGCUUCUUCAUCGGCCUCGCAGAGAGUACUUUCUACCCCGGAAUGCAAUACAUCGUUGGAUCAUGGUAUCGCAAAGACGAACUUGCAAAACGCUCAUGUCUCUUUCACGCAAUGGGCAACGUCGGUUCAAUGGUCUCAGGCUAUCUCAUGGCUGGCUCGCAUAACCUCGAUGGCGUUCAUGGCUAUCACGGUUGGCAGUGGCUGUUCAUCACCAACACAGUCGUAUCUCUUCCCAUCGCCAUCGCGGGAUUCUUCUUCCUACCAGAUCUACCUGAGAUCACGAGGGCUUGGUACUUCACACCAGAGGACAUCGCCCUUGCAAAGAAACGCAUGGAACUUGAGGGCCGAGCACAAAGAUCACCGUACACGAAAGCCAAGUUCAAGAAGAUCUUCACUAGCUGGCACAUCUACACCUUGGUUCUUCUCUACAUCCUCUUCAACAACGGCAACGGCGGAAACUCCCAACCGGCAUUUCCUCUCUGGCUCAAAUCAGAAGGCUACUCUAUCCGCGACGUAAACCUGUACCCCACCAUCGUCGAAGUAAUCAGCGUGAUUACAACACUCAUCUACGCCUGGACAUCAGACAGUCUCUUCCGCGGCGCCCGGUGGCCCGCCAUCGUAUUCUCCGGCUUAGUAAAAAUAAUAGCCUAUGUCGGGUUGACAGUCUGGAAAGUCCCUACGCCGUUUACAUGGGUAUGUUUUAUGCUCUGUGGUUUUGGAGGCGGGAUAAGUGGACUUACGUUUGCGUGGGCGCAUGAGAUUUGUAGUGAUGAUAAUGAAGAAAGAGCGCUUGUUACGGGAGCGAUGAAUCAGAUGGCGUAUGUGUUUCAGGCGUGGUUGCCGUUGAUUAUAUGGCAGCAGGUUGAGGCGCCGGUUUAUCCGAGGGGAUAUCCUACUAUGGUUGGGAUGGCGGUGGGAUUGAUUGGGAUUGCGUUUACGAUUAGGGCUUUGCAUAAGAAGCAGAUUAGAGGGCAUAGGCAUGCGUUGGUGGGUGAGGCGUAA